UACCUAAUUUCUUCACCACCCGCCAAAAUUUAUCCCUUUCCAUGAGCGUUGUUCACAUUCCUGUCAGUGCUCUUCUCCGAGUAAUUCCCUACUCUCCAUUUCCAUUUUAUCUCUCCACUCCCCACAAAUCCAAAUAAAAGUAGAAAAUUGAAUAAAAUUCAAUCCUGUAAAAUGGAUAUGUCAAGGAUAGCCAAGAAAUUGGGCUUUUCUGAAUCCAAACAACUCAUCCUUCACGCAGCGGAGCUCCGCCGACUGGCCGACAUCCAAUUUGACUCCUCCAUCAUCGGCAUUGGGGAGAUUUGCAAGGCAAUAAUUUGCUUAGAGAUCGCUGCUUCCAGGAUGGAAGUAAUAUUUGAUCAUCACGCUGCAGUAAAAUUGAGUGGGUUGUUUGAAAAGGCUUACAAUAGAUCAUUUAAUUCAAUGCAAAAUAGCAUUGGUAUCAAGAAGAAGCUUCAUAUAAGAGAGUUGGCAAUUCAAUUUGGAUGUAUUAGGCUCAUCCCAUUUGUCCAGAAAGGAUUGUCUUUGUAUAAGGAUCGGUUUAUCGCCUCACUGCCACCCUCCCGUAAAGCAAGUACUGACAUCAUGCGGCCUGUGUUUACUGCUGCAGGAUUCUACCUUUGUGCUAAAAGACACAAUUACAUGAAAAUUUUGCAGCUUAAGAUAGACAAAUCUAAGUUGAUCGAGCUUGCUGGCACAUCAGAAUAUGAAUUUUCUAGUGUAUCAGCCUCAAUGACAGACCUCUGUUUUGAUGUUUUUGGGAAAACAAAAGAAAAAAGGGAUUCUAAAGAAGAUAAUGGGAAUCAUGAUGUGCUUCCUGAAAAAAGGAGGGUUGAUGACGAUGGCCCUUUAUCUGAUGAUGGAGAAGAGCGUUUGGCGUGCAUGAAGCGCAAGCAAAUGGAGAAACAUGUUCUCGAAGAGUAGAAGUCUGAAGUUCUCCAGUCUAAUCUCAGCAGGGAAAAAGGUCCUACCAACUACCAAUUGAACCCAACAAACCAGACUGAAGUGCUUGAAGACUGUUGCUGAAACCGGAGUGGAGGCUACACAAGAGACAUAAUCAGACAUCAUUUCUAGAAUAAACCAAAGUGGCAACAUAGUAGUGCUCGAAGUUUGGCAUUUUGGGAUAAUGAGAAGAUGAAUUCUCUUGGAGUGAAGAUAUCAAUAAAAAACAGCAUUCUUAAAUCGUACUUAAUGUAGAAAUACAUCAAUUGCUUAUUAAGUUUUCCAUUGGUAGAUUUAUCAUUUAGCUGUUUCAAGAAAAUUGAGACUAUAAAUACUUGCUCGACCAGAAUGAGUAAUGCUGUAAAUGGUAAAAAUCUUUGUACAGAGCUCAUGAAUUUUUUGUUAAGAUUCACUUUA